GCCGCGCCGCGCCGCUCGGCGGACAAAGAUAGCUCAGCUAUAGGAUAAUCCAAAUCUUUAAGGCCAGCUUCAAGGAGUGAACACAAAAUGAAUAAUAGAGCUCAGUUCCCAAGAUGCAGAGGGCCACCAGUGUGAACCUGGAAGACUUGAAAAUGUCUGCCUGCAGCAACUUUGUGGAACACAUUUGGAAGCCUGGCUCCUGCAAAAACUGCUUUUGUCCUAAAGCUUCCCACAGACUGCAGACAUCCCUGGAACUGGGAGCCAGCAACGUGCCCUUGCACAGCCGGAAUGGAGUUAGAGCCAAGCCUGAGAAAAUACCUUCAGAAGAUACAUGUGUAACUGCCUCGCCCUACACAAAGCCGACAAUCGCUGUGAAGCCAACGAUGAUAAACUCAGAUGUCUCUGACGUAUGGGCGGAUGUGAAUAUGAAUGCAGAUAUUUCACAGGUCAGCUGGCAAAUGUCUCCUGGAAAACAUCUCCUUAUGAAGCCUGGAGAAACCCAAAGAACAUGCCUUGACAAUUUUGGGAGCAGCAUUAUGAGAGAGCCCUUUGUUCAAGAUGCACUAAAUGACUGUGUUCAGCAUCCUCAAGGCUACUCCAUGGUGGGCCUGCAUAACCUUGAAAGUAGGGUGGAAAGAAAUAUCUCUUUCCAUAGCUUGGCUUUUGUGGAUGAGAUGAGUGGACAGGAGAACAGAGCUAUACUUGCUAACAAGGAAAAGUGCACUUUGGCACAAAGGGCCUUCUGCCACAAAUCAUUCUCCUUCACUGACAGAAGCACUAUGUCUACCAUGGACUCCACUGGAAAUCCAUCCUUUCAGGUAAGGGAAGGAGCCACACUUCCCUUGGACAGCAGUGGCAAUUUCUGCUCUCCAGGCUUUGAAAGUGAAAGUGGGGAGUACUGUUCAAUCAUGGACUAUUGCAGAAAGAGUCCUGUCCCACAAGAUACUUCAUGUCCAGAGGAUAAGGGUGUAUGGCAUAAAAGUGAAAAUCCAGCUACAGGGUUCUGGGGAAAACAGGACCCAGCAGAGAAUCCAAGGGAAAAGACAAGAUCAGUAAAGUUUAAUGAAGAUGAAUGUAGAGUUUUGAAUUUACCUUCAUAUUUGCAAAGGGAGCACCAUUUACAUGACCCUCUACAAUAUCGUGUGUGUUCAGAAAGAAAAAAGUCAGCAUUCAAAUCUGAGGCUGCUGUUGUAUCAGACAACAUACUGAGCAGCAGCAGCAGCAAUCCUCUUGCUUUAUCCCAGGAAAAUGAAUGCUAUCCCCUCAUUAGGGAAUCAGAUAUUAACAAAGGAAACCACUUGGAAAAUUCAAGCAGUCCCCAGAAUGCUCAACUAGAGCGCCAGCAUACCCAUCUUGCAGAACCUGCCCACAGUGAACCCAUUUAUGCUGAAAGUACCAAGAGGAAAAAGGUGCAGUUAAAUAAUUCUGACGCACAUACAAAGACAGACAGGCCUUCAUACAGCCCCAUCAAAGAGCAGGCUGAUGGCCCCUGGAGAGAUGGCAUGCAUCGUUUGAGCAAUGAAACAGAGGAUUCCACCACGCAAAUAGCAGCAAAGAUCACAAUUAUGGCAGCGCAUGCGGAGAAUGACAAGAAGACAAUAUUUCUUAGCAGCCCAGACUCAGCUGUUGGGGUCCAGUGGCCAUGCAUUAGUGCCUCCUUUCAUCCUGAUUUUGCAACACCAUCGCCAACCUUUGGGUAUGGAGAAGGCCACCAAGCAAGUAUUGGGAUGGGUCUGGGUGAAGACAGCCAUAGAUUUCAUCAACAAACAGACAGCAAGUAUUUAGUUAAUGAGAGCCCUUCUGUUCCUCCCAAAAUGUCCAGAAACAUCCAGACUAGCAGUGAGGAGAUGCACAUGCCUGCAGUCAGCUCUCCUGUGGCAGGACUGCAUGACAGUGAUGAUCAUGAUGGUCCCAGCACCCAACUCUCUUCAAGGAACAGUACCGAUACUAGCGUUUUGGAGGCUUUGCCCUCUUUCUGCUCUUAUAUCAAUGGGAUGUCAGCAGAGGAGCUCAGCAGGGGUCUGCCAGUCUCCUCCUAUGAGAGAAGGCAUAAAAACACUGUUGCAGCAUGGAGUAGGCAAUGCCGAAUAGAGGAGGAAGAGGAGGAAGAGCAGGAGCUCUUAAACUACCCACAGGCAAGGGACAUGGAUAAUGGACCAGCUAGUGCUCCCAGCAAUGUCACUGCCCAUCAAAUGGAAGACUGCAGUCUUCAGGAAAACAACCCUGGGAUGUGCAAAUCAGCAUCUUUUGCUUUUGAUUUCCCUUCAGACAAGAAGGAAAUUGAGGAAUUUGUACCUCCUCCUCCACCUCCAAAGAAACAAUCCAGGCACGCUAUGAAAAUGAACAAGAGUAACCCUGAGUUGGAGACGGUCAGCAAUGGGUCUGCAGAGAGCCUUGGCCCAUCUUUUAGAGGAAUCCAGGUCAACUUCACAGCUGGCUCCUCAGACAGCCUCAACUCUGACACAAGAUCUGCCAGCGAUGGAGGACAAUUGUGUGAACAAAGUCAGUCGCCAACUCUCUCUGGGAACCAAGGGUUUUCUUCUGCUCCUUUUCCUGAGGAUAACAGUGAGGGUAGAUCCCAUUGUGCACUGACUGAGCCACCUCCUUUGCCACAGAAGAAGACAGUAAGCAGAGCAGUUUCAUCACCUGAUGGCUUUUUCUGGGGCCAGGCCACUUCAGGUAGGAGAACAGCAAAACCUGCAAGCCCCAGAUUAAACGUCAGUCACUCUGAAAGCAACAUGUGUGUCCGAGAAGAAUCUCCAUUUUGCUAUCCAUCUCAUCUAGGAAGCAACCACAACACAUUCUCCUCCGCUGAGUCUCUGGAAAGAGUCUGCAAAGGAAAUGGCCACUGGGGACCAACUUCAAAUAAGAGCAGCAGUGCCUGCUUCCCAAACAGAAACAUGCAGCUGUUCUCGUCCUCUCAGCUCAGUGUGUCCAGCCAGGUUUCCUCAGGCUCCAGCCUUCAGCUCCACAAUCUGCUCAGCAACAUUGACAGCAAGGAGGGGGUGUAUGCCAAACUAGGAGCACUCUAUGCCGAAUCUUUGCGCCGCCUUGUCACAAAAUGUGAAGACUGUUUCAUGCGUGAUCAGAAAAAUGAGCUACGUUUCAGUGAGAACAACUGGUCACUCUUUAAGCUGACAUGCAACAAGCCCUGCUGUAUUUCUGGGGAUGCCAUCUAUUACUGUGCAACCUGCUCCAAAGACCCUUCCACUACCUAUGCAGUGAAGAUAUGUAAGACUCAAGAAUCAAAAGCAGCUGCUUCAUACUGCAGCCCCUCUGUACCAGUGCACUUCAACAUCCAGCAGGAUUGUGGGCAUUUUGUAGCCUCUGUACCCUCCAGCAUGUUGCUGUCUCCUGAAGUAGUAAAAGGCACUUCUCCAGAUAGUCCCCGCCCUUGCCGUUCUGCCAGCGAACAUGACUGUGUGGUAGUCAUCACUCGCGAGGUGCCACACCAGACGGCAGCCAGUUUGGUGAGGGAUUCUACAGCUUAUCAUAAAGCUAAGCCAGAGCUGUAUGAGCGGCGUAUAUGCUUCCUGCUCCUCCAGCUCUGCAACGGCCUGGAGCAUCUCAAAGACCAUGGCAUCAUCCACAGAGAUCUUUGCCUGGAAAACUUGCUUCUCGUUCACUGCAAAUCUCCAACUAGCUGCAAUAAAACCAAAGAUGAAAAGCACUUGCCCAGACUCAUAAUCAGCAACUUUUUGAAAGCCAAGCAAAAGCCAGGACAAGUGGACUCCAAAAUUAAAAAGAACCAGGCUCGGCUGGCUCCAGAAAUUGUGUCUGCCUCUCAGUACAAGAAGUUUGAUGAAUUUCAAACUGGCAUUCUCAUCUAUGAGCUCCUCCACCAGCCUAACCCAUUUGAAGUGAGGGCUUGCCUCCGGGAGCAGGAGUACAGCCAAGAUGACCUUCCCCUGCUCCCCAACAUUUCCAUUUACUCCAGGGGGCUCCAACAGCUCGCCCAUUUGUUACUGGAAGCUGAUCCAAUCAAACGCAUCCGUAUCACAGAAGCAAAACGGAUGCUGCAGUGUCUUCUUUGGGGCCCCAGGAAAGAUUUAAUAGACCAGCCUCUCAACCAUGAAGAAGCCCUCCAUAGUGCUCUCCAGAACUGGAUUGACAUGAAGCGGGCACUGCUGAUGAUGAAGUUUGCAGAGAGGGCUGUAGACACAGAACGAAGCAUAGAACUAGAGGACUGGCUCUGCUGUCAGUAUUUAGCUUCUGCAGAGCCAGUGGCUCUCUUCAAUACACUGAAACUCCUUCAGCUUCUCUGACCUUAAGAGCAUUUCAAAUGCAGAAAUAGCAGGGAGGAAUUAUGAAAGAUCUUUCUAGGGUUCAAGUUUGUUCAUGGGUAAUGGUACACAUCUCUUUCACAUUCUUGUUUAUAACCUACUAAAAACUGAGGAUGAAGUUUUUUUUCUCAACACACACACAAACACAAAUUGAUCCAUUUAAAUAACAAGUUAACAACAUAAUUUUGAGUUCUGCACAUUGCAGAUGGAAAAGACAGCUACCUGCCAGGUUUGUGGUUUUGGUAUGAUUACUGCACAGAAAAUAAAACCUAUGUAUGUAUGUGCAUGUUUCCUAAUGAACAGGAUGUGUUUGGGUUGAUUUUAAUGACAGAUACAUAUUCACGUUGGAACAAAACUUUAUUCCUCAUAAAAUAGGGAAGUUUGAGCCAUAAUCUAAGCUGCCAUACUUAAAAUGGUUUCCAGAUUUGUAGCCCAGUUACUUGCAGCAAAAAUUAUAGCAGCAUGGGGCAAAAUGGCAGAUAAAGAGAGCUAGUCACUGCUUGAGUUCUCAGACCUUGCACAGUGCUAUCCAGAUCACACACAACCAGCAUGACAUCCCCAGCAGGGAGUAUGACUGUAAAGAACCUACCCGUCUUUAAAAGGUCAUUUCAUGGAAUGCAGGUGUCAGUGCCAAGAUUCCUGUACUUGUUAUGAGCAGUCAUUUUUGGCAGCCUUUUAAAUCCCUCCUUUCUAUAACCAGAAUUAGCAGUUAUUACACAUUUUUCCUAGAUAGGCUAAAUGUUGUCACCAAGAUCUUUUUUGGACAAAAUUUUCCCAGUGUUAUUCCAUUAGUUUAUCUUCGCUGCAGGUAGGAACAACUGGAGUAUUAGUGCAAGCAAAGCACUGUGGCAUCAGGCUACUUGAAGAGUCCAACACUGUCCCCCUUGUUGGAAGCUGAGUAUGUGUUCUGAAAUGUUAUCAAAAUCACUUCAACAUGGCUUUAUCUGGCAGUGUAACUGAUUCAAGGCAGCAACCAGGCCUAGAGGCAUAAAAAGCACGGUUUGCACCCUGAGCAAGCUCUGCAGGAGAGCAGAGCAGGGAGGUUCUGCAAAGUGCUGGAGAGGCAGGGGUUCUGAGGUCAGGUUGGGCAGUAGACUUACUUAUACCAGGGAUUCAAAAACAGUUCACAGCUGCAGCAUGAUAUUCCUGCCCUGGCUGUUGUUCCUACUGCAGAAGCUUGGUGUCUGUGCAGCCAGCUGCUGCUGCAAGAGCAAUGCCAUGGUGCUAUUGCCAUAGUGUGGACAGGGAGGGGGAUGCAGUUCUGGCACUCCUACUAAGUUGGUGUCCAGGAUUGGCUCCCUGCUCACUCACCCCAAAUUAUGCUACUGACCAGGCCUUUUAGGCCUUUCUUUUAGGUGAACAUCUAGUGAUGGGCCACUUGCAUGGAGUUUGCUACAACUGGUCUCCCAAGUGGUGCAUUGACUCCCUUUAAAGUUACUGAGAAGGGAAAACCUCAGUUUCGGCUCCCAUGGCCUGGGCAGGCAGGUCAUGAGCAAAUUAGUUUUCUUCUGGCAUUGUUUUCUGUGGCCUUAGUUCUAAAAAGGUGUGUGAAUAAACCCAAGUGUGUCCGUGUUUGUGCAUUGCUAAUCAUGCAUGGAUGCCUUGUCUCUCCAGUCUGGUCCCUCCAGCACCUCCAUUUUGUGUUGAUUCAGCUGUCACAUUUUCUUGAAUCUUAGAGGGGUGUCUGGGGCACUGGGUAUCUCUGUGUGUUUUCUAUUUGUUCAGUGCCUGGCACAGCACAAAUCAGAGCAGUUAGGGACAACUGAAAUAUUCAUAUCCAUUGAAAAUACCUCUGCAAGCAAAAAAAGUGCAUGAAUCAGAAAGCUAACUGCACCUUGUCAUGCAUCCACAGAUGCAUCACGAGCAGGUCCAAGGAGGUGAUCCUUCCACUCUAUGUCACACUGGUGAGGCCACAGUUGGAG